UUUAUUUCAGCUGUUGACAAGAAGAGAAGAUAUUUUAGGGUUUCGAUCUUCUCUGCCCUGUUAACCGCAAGAAGAUGCAGAUGAUGCACAGCUUGAAGAUAUUUUAGGGUUUUGAUAGAUAAAUCAUAUUUGCUUUUAUUUCAGCUGUUGACAAGAAGAGAAGAUAUUUUAGGGUUUUGAUCUUCUCUGCCCUGUUAACCGCAAGAAGAUGCAGAUGAUGCACAGCUUGAAAUGGAUGCGAUACCCCCUCUUUAAACAGGUAACUUCUCAUUCUCUUCAUUUUUCAAAACAAUACUGCAAAACACACACACACAAGCAGGACAAAUUUAAUAUUAAGCACUUCACUCAGUCCAUUACUGCCCUCUGUAAAUCGGGAAACACAAACAAGGCCUGGGACCUCUUCCACUACGCCCUCUCAAUGUCGUAUCCUCUCGAUGUCGUAUCCUUCACCGCUCUGUUAGGUGGCCUUGUAAACUCUGGUGAUCUCUGUAGAAUCAAACCCCUUCUUGCUGAAAUGGGAGAGCUGGGAAUACAUCCAAAUGUUAUCACUUAUAGCACCCUCAUAAAGGCUUUGUGUAAACGGAAUCAAAUUGAGGAAGCGCAUAAGCUCUUGCAGAGAAUGAGGCAUGAUCAUUGUUUUCCUGAUAUUGUUACAUUUAACACUCUGAUCGAUGGAAACUGCAAGAGUGGUAGAAUAAGUGAAACUCUUAUUUUAGUAGCUGAAAUGAUACAGGACGGCCUUUCUCCUAACAACGUUACAUACAGUACCCUAAUAUGUGGUCUUUGUAAGGUAGGCAGGGAAGACGAAGCUAUCAGAUUACUAGCUGGAAUGAGACAUGGGUACUGUUCCCCAGAUAUUGUUACAUAUAACAAUCUGAUAGAUGGUCUUUGCAAAGUAGAAAGAGUAGAUGAAGCUCUAGAAUUAGUAGCUCAAAUAUUACAAGACGGCCAUUUUCUUAACAUCCAUACUUAUACUAAUCUGAUAGAUGGCUUUUACAAGGCUGGAAAAACAGACAAAGCCUACAAUCUGUUUGUACGCAUGAUGGAGUUUGGUCCUCUGCCCGAUGAAGUGACAUUUAGUGCAGUUAUUGAUGGACUGUGCAAAGAUGGCAGGAUGGACAAGGCUUGGGAUUGUUUUCAUAUCAUUUCCAAAAAAGGUUUACAGCCAAAUGUAAUUACUUAUAGUUCUUUGAUGUGCGGCCUUUGCAAAUUACAUGAGUUGGAUAAGGCUCAAAAGUUGUUCAAAGAGAUGCUAAGGAGAGGUUGCUCCCCAAAUGUUGUUACCAACAACAUUCUAAUUGAUGGUUUGAUUCAGAGUAACAGGGUAAAGGAAGCAUUUAGUCUUAUUUCUGAGAUGGAAAACAUGGGACAUCUUUCUGAUGUAAUUACAUAUAACACACUAAUAGGUGCAUUCUGUAGAAAAAGAGACAUGGAUAUGGUAGGCAAGAUGUUAGAGGAGAUGGCAAUGAGGAAUUUGAAACCUAACGAAGUGACAUACAACACAGUCAUUUGUGGUCUGUGCAAGGCAGGGGAUCUUUCUACAGCUCAUUCACUCAUGAAUAAGAUGCCUGAUGAAGGCUUGACACCUAAUGCAUUCACUUAUAACUGCCUGAUUGAUGCCCAUUGCAAAAUUGGUGAAAUAGAUAAGGCCUUGAAGCAUUUUUCAAACAUGAAAGUGGUUGAUAUUUCUCCAACUGUUGUAACCUAUACUAUGUUGAUUAAAUAUUUCUGCAAGGAAAACAAACUUGACAGGGCUCUCUCAAUGCUGAAAGAGAUGAGGACAAAGGAUUUGGUUCCAGAUAUUUUUACUUACGACAGCUUAUUCCGCGCCUUCAAGCAAAGACAUGAUCUUGUAAAAACAUUUUGGUUGAUGGAUCAGAUGAAGAAAGAAGGCUGUGCUCCAAGUGAUGCAAUUGUCAGGACACUUAACUGGCUGGUUGAUGUUGGUGAAAUGAAAAAAUUAAGUGACUUUGUAAAUGAUGAUUCUUUUAUUAUUUCUAAAGGAGCGGUAAUUUCGCCUCAUCCUUCUCAUUUUUCAAAACAAUACUGCAAAACCUCCUCAUCUCAACACACACUCAAGCAGGACAAACCCCGCAAAUUUAAUGUUAAGCACUUCGCUCAGUCCAUUACUGCCCUCUGUAAAUCGGGAAACACAAACAAGGCCUGGGACCUCUUCCACUACGCCCUCUCAAUGAGGAAUUUGAAACCUAACGAAGUGACAUACAACAAAGUCAUUGGUGGUCUGUGCAAGGCAGGGGAUCUUUCUACAGCUCAUUCACUCAUGAAUAAGAUGCCUGAUGAAGGCUUGGCACCUAAUGCAAUCACUUAUAACUGCCUGAUUGAUGCCCCUUGCAAAAUUGGUGAAAUAGAUAAGGCCUUGAAGCAUUUUUCAAACAUGAAAGUGGUUGGUAUUUCUCCAUCUGUUGUAACCUAUAAUAUAUUGAUUAUUUUUUUCUGCAAGGAAAACAAACUUGACAUGGCUCUCUCAAUGCUGAAGGAGAUGAGAACAAAAGAUUUGGUUCCAGAUGUUUUUACUUACGACAGCUUAUUCCGCGCCUUCAAGUGA